UCUAUAUAUCCGAUCAACAUAUAACUUAUGCACUUUAGUUUAUUGUUUUGCUUCUGAAAAUUUCUGAUCACUAUAAAAAUGGCAGCGAAUCCAAUCGAAGCAGAGCUCCCGGUGAAGGCUUUUGGAUGGGCAGCGAGGGACACCUCUGGUCUUCUUUCUCCUUUUAACUUUUGCAGAAGGAAGACAGGGGAGAAGGAUGUGCAGUUGAAGGUGGCAUAUUGUGGAAUUUGUCAUUCAGAUCUUCAUCAGAUAAAAAAUGAUUGGGGUUUCACAACAUAUCCCAUUGUUCCAGGGCAUGAGAUAGUUGGUGUGGUGACAGAGGUGGGGAGCAAAGUGGAUAAAUUUAAGGUUGGUGACAAAGUUGGGGUUGCUGGUCUGGUCGGAUCCUGCCGCAAGUGCGAAAGCUGUGCAAGUGAUGUCGAGAAUUACUGCCCGGAAGCUCUUCAAACUUACAAUGAUUUUCGGACCACCACGUACGGUGGAUACUCGGACAUCAUGGUUGCUGAUGAGCAUUUUGUGCUCCGGUGGCCGGAAAAUUUGCCGAUGGAGGCGGCUCCACUGCUCUGUGCCGGGAUCACAACAUAUAGCCCCUUGAAGUACUUCGGACUUGACAACCCGGGGAUGCACAUUGGUGUUGUUGGCCUAGGCGGUCUCGGCCAUAUGGCUGUUAAGUACGCUAAGGCUUUUGGAUGCAAGGUGACUGUGAUCAGCACAUCUACCAGCAAAAAGCAAGAGGCUAUUGAUCGCUUUGGCGCGGAUUCAUUCUUGAUCAGUAGCAACCUAGAAGACAUGCAGGCUGCAGUAAACACAAUGGAUGGGAUAUUAGACACAGUCUCUGCGGCUCACCCUCUUUUGCCUCUACUUCAUUUAUUGAAAGUCAAUGGAAAGCUAGUAGUGGUUGGAGCACCAGAGAAACCAUUUGAACUACCGGUCUUUCCCUUGAUCAUGGGUAGGAAAAUUGUUGCAGGAAGUCUAGUAGGUGGAAUGAAAGAGACACAAGAAAUGUUAGACUUUUCUGCUCAUAACAACAUAACACCAGAUGUAGAGGUUGUUCCCAUGGAGUAUGUCAAUACUGCACUAGAACGUCUUUCCAAUGCUCAAGUAAAAUAUAGAUUUGUUUUAGACAUUGCCAACACACUCAAAUCUUCUUGAAUGUCUGUUAGUAUGAUGUCCCCGAACCACUCUCUAUUUAGACAUGUAUGUACCCCUGAAUAUAUAUAUAUAUAUAUAUAUAUAUAUAUAUAUAUAUAUAUAUAUAUGUAUAUUUAGGAUCAAAUGAGAACAAUGUUUAACGUGAGAACGUGAUAACACCACAUUUACCCCAAUGUGAUGCACAAUGAGGCUUGCCCAAUGCACAUUUUCAUGUUCGUCAUGAUAUUUACCAAAAUGCCACCGUGAUUAUUUAUAUUGGCUUGUUUUGAGAAAAGGCAAAAUGUGCACCAGGUGGCCUCUAUUGUGUAUUACAUUGGUUAAUUGUGAGUAUUCUCACGUUCUCACGUUAAGCAUCGUUCUCAUUAGAACGGUACCCUAUAUAUAUAUAAAGUUUUUUUAUAUUUGAUUAAUUGUUUUGGUUGUGUGUGUUCUUUAAUACUUGUGUUCUGUUGACUUAUACUAUCCGCCGUUCUUUUGUAAUCGCAACAUGUUGAGUUUUACACUAUUCACAUGCUCUACUUUGACUACACUUUAUUUAUUAAUAUAUGACGACGAUUAUUUUAAAA